ACUGAUCAUGGCCCUCCGGGCGGACGUCGGGGCGGCUCUCCUGCGACUGGCUCUUCUGUUCCUCCUGUCUCCGCCCGCCGCGGUGCGGUGCCAGGGCGAGCGGCCCCGCCUCCAGUUCACGCAGCCGCUCUACCAUGCGUCGGUGUACGAGAACUCGGCGGCGCGGACCUACGCGGUCAGCCCGGUGCGGAUGGGCGUGGCUCUGCAGCAGCGCUGGUGGGAGGUGCGCUACAGGAUCUUGUCCGGGGACGACGAGGGGUUCUUUAAGGCUGAAGAGCACGCGCUGGGGGACUUCUGCUUCCUCCGAAUACGCACCAAGGGAGGGAACGCCGCCAUCCUCAACCGCGAGGUCCAGGAUAACUACCAGCUCACCGUCAAGGCCACGGUCAAGGGAGAGACGCUGGAGGCGUGGACCAAGGUGAGCGUCCAGGUGCUGGACAUGAACGACCUCCGACCUCUCUUCUCUCCCACCACGUAUUCCGUCACGGUCACGGAGAACACGCCGCUGCGCACCAGCAUCGCCCGGGUCACGGCCACCGACGCCGACAUCGGCUCCAACGGGGAGUUUUACUACUUCUUUAAAGAGAGGGUGGAGCUUUUUACCGUGCACCCGACUAGUGGGGUGGUUUCCCUGAGCGGGAAGCUGGACGUGGACGUCCGGAGCCGGUACGAUCUGGAAAUCCAGGCGGUCGACCGCGGCAUGAAGCUCUACGGCAACAACGGCGUCAGCAGCACCGCCAAACUGUUCGUCCACGUAGAGCGGAUCAACGAGCACGCUCCCGAAAUCAGUGUUGUGAGUCUAGAACCCGUCUGGGUGGAGCGGGCGCCGGUGGUCGCUGUGAUCACGGUGGAGGAUCCUGACGUCGGGGUGAACGGCGAGAUCGAGACGGUUAAUAUCGUAGACGGAGAUCCUGCAGGUCUCUUUAGCGUCGAUAGAACAGAUGGAGACUCUAAAGGAGGGUCUAAAGAAUUCGUCCUCAGGGCUCCCGAGCACCUGGACUGGGAGAGUUACCCGUUCGGACUGAAUUUAAGUUUGCAAGCCAUUGAUCAAGGGACGCCACCGAAGCUCUCAGAAGUUUCGGUGGUCCGUCUCCGGUUGUCCAGGCCGAGCCCGGUGGAAGUCCGGUUCCUGAAGGAGCUUUUUGAGGUCAGUUUGAGUGAAGUCGCCCCUCCUGGAACUAUCGUCCUAGCUGUGAAACUCGACCCCGAACCGGCGGACACAGAAUACGUCCUGACGGCGUCCGCCGAUUCGGCGUUCUUCAGCAUCGGCGGCACGUCAGGCGUCGUCACCACGUCCCGCUGGCUGACCAAGCUCAUGCAGAGGUUCUUCGAGCUGGAGGUGAUGGAGGUGAACAGCGAGCGCCGAGCCAAAGUCCGGGUGCAGCUGGAGGACGCCAACGACAACGCGCCCGUCUUCACACGACAGUCCUACGAGGUGUUCGUCAACGAGAGCGUCGCCGUGGGGACCACGGUUCUGGUGGUGACCGCUUCAGACGCCGAUCACGGAGAGAACAGCUACAUCACGUACAGCAUGACCAGUCUGAUCCCGCUGCCGUUCACCGUCCACCAGUUCAACGGCGCCGUCACCACCACCACCGAGCUGGACUACGAGUCUUUUUCCGAAACCUUCAGCUUCGCGGUGAGAGCGUCCGACUGGGGCGCCCCCUACAGGAGAGACAGCGAAGUGAACAUCACGGUGCACCUGCAGAACGUGAACGAUAACAAGCCGCUCUUCGAGAAGGUGGCCUGCGUGGGCGCGGUCUCUCCCGACCUGCCGGUGGACGAGGUCGUCACCACUCUGUCGGCCAUCGACGUGGACGAGCUGGAGCUGGUGAAGUACGGCAUCGUCUCCGGAAACGACCAGGGCUUCUUCCAUCUCAGCGCCGAUUCCGGGGUCCUGACCCUCCGCCGGUCUCUCGCCAACGUCGACCCCAAGAGCACCUUCAGCCUCAAGAUCACCGCCACGGACGGCGAGACCUUCUCCGAGCCCAUGUUCGUGAACAUAUCCGUAUCCCAGGAGAAGCUCCCGCCCAGAGCGUUCGACUGCACCGAGACUCACGUGGCUCAGAGACUCGCCGAGAAGAUUCUCAACAAGGCCAAAGCCGGGAGCAAACCGAAACCAGACGAGGCGUUUAUAGACCUGUUCUCGGCCAACAGACAGGCGCCUCAGUUCGACAAGUUCUUCCCGAGCGAUAUUUCAGUCCACGAGGAUCUGGACGUCGGUACCAUCGUGUUCCAGGUCAAAGCACUCGACGACGACACCGGAUUCAACGGACAAAUCGUGUUCAGCAUCUCCGGCGGCAACACGGACAGCAGCUUCACCAUCGGCAUCUUUACCGGAGAGAUCAGCGUCUUCCUGCCGUUAGACCGGGAGAGAACGGACCGAUACCUCCUCAACCUCACUCUGUACGAUCUGGGUCAGCCUCAGAGAUCCGCCUGGCACGUCCUGCCCGUCUACGUCGAAGACGCCAACGACAAUCCUCCUGAGUUUCUUCAGCACGGCGGCUACCGGGCGCGGAUCCCGGAGAACACGCCAAUCGGUACCGAGGUGAUCCAGGUGGAAGCCGUGGAUAAAGAUCAGGGGACGAACGGUGAGGUUCGGUAUUCCCUCCUCACCAGCACCUCUCAGUUCGGCAUCAACGCCUCCAGCGGGAUCGUGUACGUCGCCGGUCAGCUGGACCACGAGUCCGUCCCGACCUUCUCCCUCAGAGUGGAGGCUCGAGACCGAGCGGAACGCAGCGCUCAGAGAUUCUCCGUAACGACGCUCCACGUCACGCUGGACGAUGUGAACGACUGCCCCCCCGCCUUCAUCCCGGGUCGGAUCAGCGCCCGAGCCCUGGAGGACCUUCCCAUCGGGACGGUGGUGGCGUGGCUGGACACUCGGGACCCUGAUCUCGGACCGGGCGGAGAGGUCAGCUACUCGCUCGCCGGCGACUACGACGGCCGCUUCGAGGUGGACGCCAACAGCGGAGCGAUUCGCUUAACCAAGGAGCUGGAUUACGAGACGCAGCAGUUCUUCAACCUGACGGUCCGAGCUAAAGACCGCGGGCGUCCCGUGUCCCUGCUGUCGGUCAGUCACGUGGAGCUGGAGGUGGUGGACGUCAACGAAAACCUGUACGCGCCGUAUUUCUCCAGCUUCGCCGUCAACGCCUCGGUUAAGGAGAGCGCUCGGAUCGGGACGUCCGUCCUUCAGGUUACAGCGCGUGAUGAUGACCGGGGCAGAGACGGCGAGGUUCAGUACUCCAUACGGGACGGGAGCGGCCUCGGGAGGUUCACCAUGGACGAGGAGACAGGAGUGAUCUACACGACGGAUCUGCUGGAUCGUGAGACGCAGGAUUCCUAUUGGCUGACAGUUUAUGCUACGGAUCUGGGCGUGGUGCCUCAGUCAGCUGCACUUCAGGUCUACAUCCAGGUGGAGGAUGUAAACGACAACGCCCCCCUCACCUCAGAGCCCAUGUACCACGCCUCAGUUUCUGAGAACUCACCCAAAGACACGUCGGUGGUGCAGAUUCACGCCCAGGACCCUGACGCUACGACAACUGAUCCCCGUCUCUCAUUCCGCAUCGUCAGCGGCAACCCACAGAACUUCUUCACCAUCAACCCACGUACCGGUCUCAUAACGACGACUGCUCGGAAACUGGACCGAGAACAGCAAGCAGAACAUGUACUCGAGGUGACCGUAUCGGACGGAGGAGCGUCUCCACGCCAGUCCACCGUCUGGGUGGUGAUCCAGGUCCUGGACGUGAACGAUAACAAGCCUGUGUUCCCAGAGAAGCUCUACCAGGUGCGCCUACCUGAGCGUGGGCGGAGACAGAGGGGCGGGGUCAUUUACCGCGUCUUCGCCUCGGACGCCGACCACGGCUCCAACGCCGAGCUCACCUACAGCAUCGCCGACGGCAACGAGGACGGCAAGUUCCACAUCGACCCCAGGACGGGACUGGUGACCUCGCCCAGGAAGCAGUUCCCCGCCGGGACCUACGACAUCCUCACGGUGAAGGCGGUGGAUAACGGGCGGCCUCAGCGCUGGGCGACGGCUCGUUUGCACAUCGAGUGGAUCCGGCGUCCUGCACCCGCCGCCACGCCCCUGGCUUUUGAUGAGGCGCUGUACAACUUUACUGUGGUCGAGAGCGAAAAAGUGGCAGACAUAGUGGGCGUGGUCUCGGCUCGGCAGCAAGGCCCCGCCCCUCUGUGGUUUGAUAUUACAGGUCCCCGCCACGCCCGCGAGACCUUCUUUAUGCUCCAGAACGCUUGUGGCUCCAACUGUUCUACUGAAGGCGGGGACGAGGAGAGUGUGUUUGAUGUGGAGAAGGCCGUGGGGACGAUCAUCAUCGCCAAACCUCUGGACGCUGAGCAGAGACUCUUCUACAACCUCACAGUGGAGGUGACGGACGGAACCAACGCCGCUUACACACAGGUUCUCAUCACCGUGAUGGAUCAGAAUGAUAACGCCCCCUCGUUCUCUCAGCCCACCUAUGAUGUCACCGUCGCCGAGGACACACCCCCGGAUACGGAGGUGCUGCAGGUCCUGGCGUCGGACCGUGACGAGCAUCACCGCUUGACCUUUGCCCUCUCGGGUAGCGUGGACCCGGCGAGCAUGCGCCUGUUCCGCAUCAACGCCAACACGGGUCACAUCUACACGGCACAGCGGCUAGAUCACGAAACCAACACGCAGCACGUCCUGUCUGUCACGGUGAAGGAUCAGGAGUUCCCGUACAGGCGCAGCGUAGCUCGUGUGCUUGUUGGCGUUGAGGACGUUAAUGACCACGCCCCUCAGUUCACCAUGGCGAUGUACGACGGGCGGGUGUACGAAUCGGCGGCGCUCGGCUCGGCCGUAGUCGCGGUAACGGCUCUGGAUAAGGACAAGGGCCAGAACGCUCAGAUCAGCUACAGUAUAGAGUCAGGGAACACUGGGAGCACGUUCCGGGUCGAUCCCGUUUUAGGAAUCGUCUCCGUGGCUCGGGAGCUGGAGCUGUCCACCAUGGGUCACUACGUGUUGACGGUGAGGGGCGUGGACCACGGCUCGCCCCCGCUAUCCUCCACCACCGUGGUCCGCAUCGCCGUGACCCUCUCAGACAACUCGCCCCCCAGAUUCCCCCAGAGCGAGUACCAGGCCGAGGUGUCCGAGGGGGUCGGGGCCGGGACCUCGGUGAUCACCGUCGGCGCCCUCAGCCUGUCCACGCCGACCUACGAGAUUCACCACGGCGACCGGACGUUCCGCAUCAACCAGUACAGCGGCGUGAUCACCACGCACAGGGCGCUCGACUACGAGAGCGUUUCCUCGUACAGCCUGAUCGUCACGGCGACCAACAUGGCCGGACAGUCGUCCAACGCCAGCGUGACGGUUUCUGUCCUCGAUCAGAACGACAACGCGCCCGCGUUCCUGCAGUUACAGUACCGAGGCGGCAUCAGCGAAGGGGCGGGGCUGAACAGCGUGGUGCUGAGCGAAUCGGGCGAACCCUUGGUGAUACGGGCGACGGACGCGGACCGGAACCACAACGCUCUGCUCGUGUAUCAGAUCCAGGAGGAGAACGCCCGGCGCUACUUCAGUGUCGACGCUGGAACUGGAUCCAUACGAACCAUCGCUCAGCUGGACUACGAGACCACGCCCGUGUUCCAUUUCCACGUGGCCGUGAGGGACGGCGGGCGCCCCCAGCUGUCGGCCGAACACCCCGCCGAGGUCACCGUCCGCAUCCAAGACGUCAACGACUGCCCGCCGCUAUUCUCCCACGAUUUCUACGAGUCCGUGCUACUGCUCCCCACCUACGAGGGCGUCGAGGCCUUAACAGUCUCCGCCUCCGAUCCCGACGCAGACGGCCAAUCAGAACUCGCCUACUCGCUGGCGGACACCAAUCUGGAGCACUUCGCUGUGGACGCGCGGUCCGGUCUGAUCACGGUCCGGAACAGCACCUUCGGUAAGGACCGGUUCCGCUUUAACGUGCGCGUGACGGACGGGCGCUUCUCCAGCUCGGCUCUGGUGACCGUCGUGGUGCGGCAGGCGCUGGACAGCGGUCUCGCCUUCACACAGGACGUCUACAGCGCCAACAUCCAGGAGAACGACGCCAACGUGACCACGGUCGCAGUGGUUACGGCGCUGGGGAACAGACUGAACGAGCCGCUGCGCUACACGCUGCUCAACGCUGGCGGGAAGUUCCGGAUCCGCCCCACGUCCGGCGCCAUCGAGACCGUCGGGGUCCCGUUAGACCGCGAGGAGAAGGAGGAGUUCGGACUGCUGGUGCAGGCGAGUCGGGAGGAGGACAGGCUGCGCGUGGCGAGGGCGCUCGUCCGCGUACGCGUCACAGACGUCAACGAUAACGCGCCCAUUUUCGUCCGGCUGCCUUAUUACGCCGCCGUGCAGGUGGAGGCGGAAUCGGGGGCGUCCAUAUUCCGGGUGACCGCCGUGGACGAGGACAGGGGUCCGAACGGUGAAGUGAGCUACUUCCUGCAGGACGAGCCGGGGCAUUUCGAGAUGGACCGCGUGAGUGGCGAGCUGCGGUUACGCCGAGCCUUCGAGGCCGAUUUAUCCAGCGUGGAGUACCAGGUACUGGUGUUUGCCCGCGAUAGUGGCACGCCAGCGCUGUCCUCCUCCAUCACCUUUCCUGUGACUGUUGUGAACCGGGCCAUGCCCGUAUUCGACCGACACUUCUACUCUGUAAAAGUGAGCGAGGACGUCCCGGUGUUCACACCCGUCCUGGGCAUCAACGCCAGCAGUCCGGACGGGCAGAGCGUCCUUUACACGAUCACGCACGGCAACCCCGAUACCCUCUUCUCCAUCGGGUUCGACACCGGCAUCAUCAACGUCAUCGCGCCGCUGGACUACGAGACCGGCCGAGUCCACAAACUGAUCGUCAGGGCAACGGACUGCCUCACGGGGGCACGGGCGGAGGUGGACGUGGAGGUGACCGUGCAGGAUGUAAACGAUAAUCCACCCGCGUUCGAGCAGUCGGUUUAUAAAGCCGUGAUCUCUGAAACCGUGAUGAUCGGGACUCCCGCCCUGCAGGUCCAAGCCACCGAUAACGACUCGGUGAAGAACGCGGCGGUCCGUUAUCAGAUCCUCCCUGACCGGAGCAACAGUACUGACCACUUCCACAUCGACAGCAGCAGCGGUUUGAUUCUGACCGCUCGCUCCCUCGACCACGAGACGUUCCAGCGCUACGUGUUCUUGGUCAGAGCGACGGAUAACGGCUUCCCCCCUCUGAGCGGCGAGGUCCGGGUCGUGGUUCAGGUGACGGACACGAACGAUAACGCUCCCGUCUUCAACCAGCUUCUGUACGAGGCCUCGGUUCACGAGCUCGCCCCCAGAGGACACUUCGUCAUGUGCGUCCAGGCGUCCGAUGCGGACGAGUCCGACGCCGACCGGCUGAAUUACGGCCUGGUGUCGGGGAACGAACAGUUGCUGUUCGACCUGGACGCGUCCUCGGGCGUCCUCACUCUGAGCGGGCAGCGGCGGUCUCAGAGGAUGCCGUCCGCCGUCAGUCUGAACGUGAGCGUCUCCGACGGCGUCUUCACCAGCACGGCGCAGGUCCACGUGCACGUCGAGUGGGCUAACCUACACGCGCCGCGUUUCACCCAGAGCGCGUACGAGGCGGAGAUACGCGAGAACGCGCCGGCGGGGUCGAAGGUCGUCACGAUCCGGGCUCAGGACGCCGACCCGGGGACGUUCGGAACGGUGCGCUACGUUCUCCUGUCCGAUUCGGCGAGGUUCUUGUUUGAGGUAGACGGCGGCGGUCAGGUUACGACUCUGGAGAAGUUGGAUCGUGAGGAGCAGGGGGAGUUCGUCUUGACCGUCGCGGCGGUGGACCCGGGUGGAAAGACCACGUACGCCCAGGUCCGGAUCACAGUGCUGGAUGAAAACGAUAACGCGCCACUUUUCGACGCAUCAGAGUACCGCGCCAGCGUCCGAGCGGACGUCGAGCCCGAGUUUCUAGUGACGCAGGUUCAGGCGUGGGACCCUGACCAGGGCACCAAUGGCGAGAUCAGUUACAGUCUGUACAGUGAAGCCAGCGCUCAGGUUACAGACCUGCUGGACAUCGACCCUGACAGUGGGUGGGUGUUCACCAAGGGUAACUUCAGCCCCCUUCAGGGUUCGGUUCUGUCCUUUUUCGUGAAAGCCCUGGACAGUGGCGCACCGCCUCGCCACGCCAUCGUUUCGGUCUACAUCCACGUCCUCUCGAGCGAUGCCCACCUGCCCGUCUUCAGCCAGCCGCACUUCUCCUUUACGGUUCCAGAAGACUCGCCCAUCGGCUCCACGCUGGGGGCGGUGCAGUUACAAAACCAGCGUGGACAGAACUCACUGCAGGUCAGCUUCUCCACCGUGAACGGUCAGGCCGCGGAGAGCAACAGCGACGGCGUGUUCGUGGUGGAGAAGGGCAGCGGACUGAUAAAGCUGGACAAACCUCUGGACCACGAGCGAACCUCCGUCUUCCGCUUCAAAGUCACCGCGACUCUGCAGCAAGGACUGGUGGACUCGGUCUCCAGCGUAGACGUGGAGGUCAAAGUUCUGGAUGUGAAUGACAACAAACCCGCGUUCGAGUCCAACACCUACGAAGCGUCCGUCAGCGAGGGUCUUCCUGCCGGCACCAGGAUCCUCCAGGUUCAAGCCACGGACCUGGACUGGUCGGCCAACGGUCAGGUGACGUACAGCCUGGCACCGCCCGGGCUCCUCGGCUCGGCGAGCGAUGACUCGCGCAGUGAAGGAGGGUUCUUCACCAUCGACAGCACGUCCGGGUGGAUAUCCACUCUGAAAGGUCUGGACCACGAGCUCGUCCCCGCCCACAAUAUCACCGUCUGGGCGUUCGACCUCGGCGAACCCGCCAGCCAGUCGUCCUCGACCACGGUCAUCGUAGCGGUGGGCGACUCCAACGGUAACGUGCCGGAGUUUCUGCAGCCGAGCUACUACGGCAGUGUGAGGGAGAGCGACGCCCCCGGAGAGGUGGUGGUCGUGCUGAACUCGCGCGACCACGACAGAACACCUGGCAACCGGCAGGUCACCUAUCACAUCACAGGCGGUAACCACGGCGACGCGUUCGCCCUCAGCCUGCUGCAGUCCGACUGGAAGCUGUACGUGAAGCGGCCGCUGGACCGCGAGCGCCGGGAGCGCUACGUCAUCAACGUCACGGCGACCGACGGCCUCCACGUGGCCGCGGCAACCGUCCACGUGCUGGUCACCGACGCCAACGAUAACAGCCCAGUGUGUGAGCCGGUGCUUUACACCGCGUCCGUGUCGGAGGACGUCCCCGUGGGUACGUCCGUCCUGAGAGUCAAAGCCAGCGACGCCGACACCGGCUCCAACGCCCAGCUGCAGUACGCCAUCCACGGCGCCGGGGUGGAGGACUUCACCAUCCACCCUUACACAGGCGAGCUGAAAACCGCGACGACGCUGGACCGAGAGAAGGUAGAGCGCUACUCCCUGGUUGCCAGGGCGACAGACGGAGGCGGGCUGUGGUGCGAGGCGACUGUUUCCGUCACUCUGCUCGACGUUAACGAUAACCCGCCGCGCUUCGGGUCCGCCCACUACGAGGCCAGCGUGCACGAGAACACGGCGGCGAAGGCGCUACUGACGCAGAUUAACGCCGUCGAUCCUGAUCUGGGCGACGGGCGUAAGGUCACGUACUCCCUGCAGGACUCGGCCGGCGGCGUCUUCUCCAUCGACCGGUGGACGGGCGUGGUGACUCUGGAGCGCCCCCUGGACCGCGAGGCGCAGUCCUCGUACCGCGUGGUGGUGCGGGCGUCCGACAUGGGCGUCCCGCUCCGCCUGUCGUCCCUGACCAACCUCACCAUCGCCGUGCUCGACGUCAACGACAACCCGCCGGUGUUCGAGCGCCGCGACUACAGCGCCACGCUGGGCGAGGACGCCGCGGCGGGCACCGCCGUGCUGCACGUCCACGCCCACAGCAAGGACAUCGGCACCAACGCCGACAUCUACUACAGCAUCCGGUCAGGGAACACGCACGGCCACUUCAGCAUCGACACACACACAGGAGCUAUCUCUGUGUCCCGCCCCCUGGACUUCGAGACCUGUAAGGAUUACUUCCUAACGGUGGAAGCGCGUGACGGCGGAGCUCCGCCCCUCAGCGCCGUCGCCAUGGUGAACAUCAACGUGACCGACGUCAACGACAACGCGCCCAUGUUCAGCCACGAUGUUUACAGCGCCAUCAUCAGGGAGGACGCCAACAUCGGCGCCGCCGUGGUCAAGGUGACGGCCGAGGACGCGGACAGCCGGGUGAACGGCGACGUCCUGUACUCCAUCGUCAGCGGCGACCGGGAGAACCAGUUCUUUGUGGAGCCGGUGACGGGCCAGAUCAAAGUCAACAAGCAGCUGGACCGAGAGACGAUCGCCGGUUAUGCGCUGGUGGUCCGAGCUCUGGACGGCGGGACCCCCGCCAUGUCCUCCACGGUGAUCGUGAACGUGGACAUCUCCGACGUCAACGACAACCCGCCCGUUUUCACCCCGGCCAAUCACACGGCGGUGAUUCAGGAGAACAAGGCGGCGGGAACGAGCAUCCUACAGCUGACCGUCACCGAUAGAGACGCCGCCCACAACGGCCCGCCCUUCCACUACCGCAUCCUGGCGGGAAACGAGGAGGCGUGGUUCAGGCUCGACAGGGAGGGGCUUAUGACCUCCAAUCAGAUGUUCCGAAGGUCUGAGGGAACUGAGUACAUCGUACAGGUGGAGGUCCGUGACUCGGGGAGGCCGGUGCUGAUGGCGACGACGCUGGUGCACGUACGUGUGAUUGAGGAGAGCGUCCACAAACCCGUGGCCUCGCCGCUGCACGUCCACAUCGUCACGCUGGAGGACGAGUUUCCGGGCGGAGUCAUCGGACAGAUUCACGCCACCGACCAGGACGCCUUCGACAUCCUGACCUACGGGCACUCGCACCAACAUAGCAGUCUGUUCAAGGUGAACCCCCGUGAUGGGCGCAUCAUCGCCCUCUCUGGUCUGGACGCAGGCCGCUAUUCUCUGAACGCCACGGUUACAGACGGCCGCUUCACCGUCAGCGUCCCCGUUAACGUUCACGUGGAGCUAGCAUCUCCCGCCAUGCUGCGGCACGCCGUGACGGUGCGUUUCGAGCGAGUCUCCCCUCACGACUUCGUGUCACGUCACCUGACCGCCGUGCGCCGCGCCAUCGCCGACGCCAUGGCGACCGGCACGCCCGACGCCCUGCGCGUGCUCAGCGUGCAGCCCGUGGAGGCCACCGGGCAGCUGGACCUGCUGCUGGCCGUGGAGGCGCCGGGGGGCGGCGGGUACCUGGCGGCGGCGCUGGUGAGCCAGAAGCUGAGCGCGGCGCGGCGGCGGCUGGAGCAGGUGCUGCGCGUCUCCGCCGUCCUGGAUAAGAACUGCUCGGGGCUGGAGUGCGGCGAGGCGCGGUGCGAGCAAACCAUCACGCUCGACACACACACACUCCUCACCUACACCGGCAGCGGCAGCAGCUUCGUCUCACCGCGCUUCCAACGGAGUGCUCGCUGUGUGUGUACCGACGGUAGGUGUGCUGCCGUGUUGGAGGUGUGUGAGGACGUGCUCUGUCCUGACGACAUGCAGUGUGUGAAGACGGACAACGUCAGGGGACCGUACGCCUGCCAGUGUCCACAGGGCAAAUUCGGAGAGUGUGCAGGCCACACCUCCUUGAGUUUCUAUGGAAACAGUUAUAUAAGGUACCGCGUGACUGACAGUCGGAUGAGCGACGAGGUGAAACUGCAGCUCCGCAUCAGAACCUUACAGAGUGACGGAGUGAUUCUACACACACACCCUCAACCCUGCGCUGUACUCACGGUAGAGGAGGGGCGUCUCCAUUUUCGUCUGGAAUGCUCGGAGGAAGGCGGAGCCGUCGCCGUCUCCAGUCAUCCUAUCAGCGACGGGCGCUGGCAUCACGUGACCCUCGAACUGGGUCAGAAUUCCAGCAUCCUGUCCCUGGACGACCGGGCGCAGCAGGCCCCGCCCGCCCCCCGACUCCCGGGGCCCGACUGGACCGUCUCUCUGGGGGCGCGGCACGGCGACGGUUUCCAGGGCUGCCUGGACUCGCUCACACUUAACGACAUCGAGCUGCCGCUGCACAACAAACACACCCCGGCACACCUGAGGGUGCACACACACGCCGAGGUGGCGGCGCUGGGGGAGGUGAGUCUGGGGUGCGCGCUCUACCACGAUCCCUGCGCCAACAGACCCUGCGCCAACGGAGGAGCCUGCACCGGCCUGCCCACUGGAGGUUUCUCCUGUAGUUGCCCUCCUUUAUACACCGGGCGGCGCUGUGAGACAGAGAUUGGUGUGUGUGUGCCAAACCCCUGCCGCAGCGGAGGUGUGUGUAAACCCAUCGGUAACGCCUUCCUCUGCAGCUGCAGGAGAGGAUACACCGGCAUCAGGUGUGAGGAGGACGUGAACGAAUGCGAGCGCGGCGAGCUCUGUGAGGGCGGAGCCUCCUGCGUCAACACCUUCGGCUCCUUCUACUGCAACUGCAGCGUGCCGGGGUUUGUGGGCGGAGCCUGCGCCGUUCGCCCGGUCCUCGUCCCCGACAUGCGAUCGGGCCCCGCCUACUUCGGGAGGGAGGAGCUUAUCGGCGUGGCGGUGGUGCUGUUCCUGAUCAUGGCGCUGGUCUUCCUGUUCGUGGCCUUCAGGAAGAAGGUUUUCCAGAAGAGCUACUCGCGCAACGACCUGUCGCUAAUCCAGGACCCGGCCACCGCCGCGCUCCUGCACAAGGCUAACGGCCACUUCCCCGCCCUGCGGUGCUCCGCCGGAGACCCCAUCGGCCUCUUCGCCGAGGGCGGGUGCGGUUUACUGUCCGGAGAAGCCAUCGGCCUGUACUCGGAGAGCGGGCGGGGCCUGCCGGGGCCCCCGCAGGUCCCGGUGCGCCCCGUGGCCUACACGCCCUGCUUCGGGACUUCGGAGACCAGGGGCGGGGACAGGAAGGGCGUGGACGUGACGGAGAUGAGCACUUUCAGACAGGGGGCGGAGUCGCCGAGAACCGUGGGGAGCAUGACUCGACGGGGCGUGGCCGUGUGCAGCGUGGCGCCCAGCCGGUCGGAGUGCGACUCGCCGAGCAUCAAAAGAGGCUGGGAGGAGGACGAGGGUAAAGUGGACGUGCUGGACGAGGUCACGUGUUUUUCGGGCAGUAAUAAAGGAAGCUGCUCGGAGGUCCAAUCACUGAGCUCCUUCCAAUCCGACUCCUGCGAUGAUAACGCUUCCAUAGUGACGGUUAUACGACUUGUCAACGAUGCGGUUGACACAAUCGAAAAUGAAGUGUGUGUUCUGGACGGAGCUCAGACCCGGAGCCGAGCGUACCACUGGGACACCUCUGAUUGGCUGCCCAGCACACGAAUCUCCGACGUCCAGGAGGCCCCAUCAGGAGACGCGGGCGUGGCCCUGGAGUCCGACUACUAUCUGGGCGGCUUCGACGUGGACACGGAGUUCCCGCCCCCUCAGGAAGAGUUCGGGUCACAUGACCGGCUCCCGGCGGCGCUGUCCUGCGAGGACUACCCCGCCGGUCGAGCCGUCUCCACGUCCAGCACCCUGACCCGGUCCAGGCCGCAGUUCCACCCCAGCCAGUACCUCCCUCCUCAUCAGCUGCCGAGCGGCGCCGGCGCGGACGACCUGGUGUCGGUCAGAACGUCGUCCGUGUCGGACGUCUCCGUCCCGUUUGGGUUGGAGGACUCGGAGACGGGAGGAAGUCUGGACAGUCUGGACGCCACGCAGACGCAGAUUUACACACAACAGACCGAAGUGUGACGCCGCACACGCUAAACACGCUAAACACGCGUGUACUGUAAACACACGGAGAGCGAAGUCCGGCCGAACGCGGCGGGAAUCGAGUGAAAACACGCGGACCGAGACGUUUCUACAGCCAAACAGCACAAGAGUUCAGAUUUAUAAUGGACGUUUGUUUGUUUUUUUAUUUUUGCACUAAACUCUCUCUCUCUGUGUUUAUGUUAAUGUCUCUCGACCCUCCCGUCCUCACUCCCUCGGCUGCAGGGUGAAAUACUUUAACGUCUGCCCCACAGAGAGCACUAUUUUAUAAGCUGUCCAAGCUGAACGGCAUGCCGAGUGUGUGUGAGUGUGUGUGUGAGUGUGUGUGUGUGUUGUAGAUUUAUGUAAGAUAUUAUGAUUUGUGUGUUUUUUAUCCUUCAUGUCGUUUGUAUAUCAGAAAGCCAUAACGUUAGCGUUUGUGCAGAGCACCGUGUUCAGAAACACGGUCCGGACCACGACUCUCAUUCCCGGCGAGGCCGAGCAGCGAGAACCGAACCCAACGAAAACACGACCACUAGGUGUCAGUAUCAACAGGCGAGCAGCACCGUCUUCUAAACCCAUAAUAAUAAUAAUAAUAAAGCGCAGAGAGUCGAGCUGAGCACCAUGUCUUAAAUAAUAAUGAAUAAAGAGAUGA